AAACGGUAGUGUAAAGAAUUCUUUUCCAGUUGUUUAGAUGUUUAUAGUAUUAAAUUUUAUAUUUAAACUGGCUAAAUUUUAAUUGUGACACAUUCCAAAUAGUUAAACGCAAGUUAUGUAGUUAUUUUUAACAAAAGUUUGCUUGAAUGUGCUAUUAUGUAGGCGCGAAAGGCAGGUGCUAAAAAAGUGGACGCGUGUGUUUCCAUGGUUGAUACCAAAAAAUCCUGUAUUUAUGAAGUCAAUUGUGGGGAGACAAUGUCUGUGACAACCCCACGUCGAUCUUUGCGUAUUCCUCAUACGCACACUCCGAAAAUGUCUGAAAGAAAGAAAUCUUUGUUUGUGGAGAAUGAGGCAUCGAGGGAGUCCCUGACGAAACACCGGCAUCUUCCCGUGGUGGACAGCGAAAGCGACAGUGAUGAGUGCGAUCUAGGGAUCAUCAGCACCCUGGACCAAAGCUCUGGAGAUGAAACCGACCACAGUUUACCGAAAACACCAGAAAGGAACCUUUGGCAUGAAACAAGAGGCCACAAUAAGUCUAUGAACAGUUUGAAGAACUUCAUGAAGUCCCCCUUCACGUUAAAGAAGUAUCAAACUAGACAUUCCUUUCCGGAUACACAAUGUGGUUCCUUAUCAACACCAGUUACACCACAUAUACAACACCACCCGGGCACACCAUCUUCUACUCAUUCAUGUGCCAGCGCCCAUACUGUCUCCUCAACCUCAAGCAAGGCACGGAAAAGCCUUGCCAGUCUUAUCGCGGAAACAGAGAGUUGCAGCAGUUCGCUAAAAGACCUCAAUUUUGACACUGAUUCAGGCACUGACUCAAAAGAAAACACGCCAACUAAAACAUUACGACGCUCGUCUAGAAGGCACAAAAUGACGCCAAAAUUCCAGAGCUUUAAAGGCAUAUUAGUUGAGCAGAAGAAAAAUGUCACUCCAAUAAAAACCGCAGUAGUCUGCUUGACUAAAAUGGAUAUGAGUAGUUACUUAUCACCGACACAGAUGUUGAAAACGCCACACAAUACUUCAGAAAAUAAAUCUCCCCCGAAAUUGAGUCACCGACGAUCAGUUAUAGAAAUAGCUGAGAGUCCAGAGUCUUGUGAGAGUGAAAAGAGUUAUAAAAGGCUUCACUACGAAGGGAUGGCUGAUAUAGGUCCAAUGCCAAAACAACCUCGAUUAGAUCCAUCUGUAGCACCGAAAGCUCGAUUAUCUCUCUUCAAUAGCGACAGACUUAAAGAAAUUCUUUCUACUAAGUCAUUCUAUGGUAAAUCAAACCCAGACUUGAACACCACCAUCACUGCAAAACUAUCGAAUGCUAUAGAAACUGUGAAUACACAACGUCGUCGUCCAUUCUCCCAUUCUCAUUCCCAUAGACGUAAAAGGAAGCCUGGUCAGAUUAAUAUGGGUGUCAGGCAUAAAAUUCGAAAGCCGAAAAUACCUAAGUCGAAAGUCACAAGUGGACAAGGAUUUAAUAAUUCAGCUCCUAUCAAUAUUAAUGCAAGUUUUGAACAUUCUACAGCGAAUAAGUCAUUGAAUAACGAUAUUUCAAUCAUAAGCCAGUCAUCUAUUGAUGACAAAGCAGACCCUUUUGACAAAGAAAAGCAAACAAUAGACGCACUACUCAGCCAAUGGACUGAGGAAGAGGUCCCGGAAUCCGAACUGGUUUACACAAAGCCUCAGGAGUUACCGUGCUUCAACAGCACGGUCAUUGAAGCAACCAGUCAAAUAUUUCAGCCUGUCACCGCAGUACCAGUUAUGGAUGGUUUUAAACCGCUGGAUUCUGAGACUGUUAUUGUGGAAUUGGGUGCUACAAAUGCUAAUUUAGCAUCAAAAGAACAACAAAAUAUACCUGAAAAUGGUCUUAAUAUGCAACAGAAUGUGAUUGAUUUGAGUAGUGUAGUACAAUCCGGUCAAGAUGUAGUAAUGAUGGAUCAGGAAGGCCACGUUAAUGCUCAUGGGGAUAUGUCUAAAGAUGGACAGUACUUGCCAGUGGAAGGAGGCUAUAUACUUGUGGACGGAACAAUGGUACAUGGCCAAAAAGAGAUACCAGAUUUGGACGAAAUAGAGCGUGAACUAAAAAUGCUCGAUGAGCAGAUAUUACAAAUGGUGCAAUCCAAUAACAUAGAUGCAGAUGCAGUUUUGUCUUCCACCGAAUCUGAGUCUUAUGUCACAAACUUAGAAGUCGCCAACUCUACCGAAGACAACAAGGAGAAACCACAGAAACUUUUCUCCAUAUUUAGUGAACCUAACCCUGGCAUUAGUAUUCCAAGAUCUAAGGAAUCAGAUUUGUCAGCUGCUGAGGAAAAAAGCAAGAAAGUCUUACUUAAAAGUGGGAAUAAUCAAUACAUCAUUGAUGCUGGACAAAAGAAAUUCGGUGCUACGCAGUGCACGGAAUGCGGCGUUAUUUACCAGAUUGGUGAUCCUGAAGAUGAACAUGAUCAUUUAGUUCAUCACAACGCUACCGAUGUACUAAGGUUCAAUGGCUGGAAGGAAGAGUGUAUAGUAGACAGAACGGCUACCGGCCGUUGCAUCAAAAUUCGCGGAGGCGAAUCCGGCUGGAAGCGAGUGGAAAGUGUACUAUCUCGAGUCGUCCACCCGCAACUGGGAUACGCUCCGGAACUGCCGAGGCAACAACACGCUUAUACUGCAUACUUGUUCAUUGAAAAGAAGCAAAUAGUUGGAUGUUUGAUAAUGGAACCAAAGUCAAGGGCCUACAAACUGUUACCCGGAGAGCCAGAUUGCUGCAGUGUUGAAGAUUAUCCUGUCAAGUGCGGGGUAUCACGGAUUUGGACGCACAAGUCGUUUCGACGCAAGGGCAUUGCGGUGAGACUGUUGGAGUGCGCCCGCGCCUCCCUUUUGCAUGGGAUGGCGGUCGUCCGCUCCGACGUAGCGUUCAGCGCCCCCACUCCCGCGGGAAAAGGUCUCGCCACAACUUACUGUGGGACACCCAACUUUUAUGUGUAUUUGGACUGAUCUGUGAAGUGUUAGUGAGUGUGACUACAUUAAAUUUUGAAUGGUGUCAAUCCUUAAGUGCCUUUUCGUGAUCCACAUCUACGGACAUACUGUGUUUGUAUAUGUUGAUGUGUGUGGCGUGCACAGGGUUUUCGACUAGAUGGCGUAAAAUGGAAAAAUUCCACUCCAAUACGAGUUAUAUAAAAUAAUUUGGGUAUGCAGUGCUUUUGUGCAUGUAUGAAGUGACCGCCACUGUUGAUAUGGAUCAUGUUAUAUUAAUAUGAGUUUGGAUUGGUUUGUGAAGUGUUUCUAUGUUACUCGUGUACAAGUGACGUUUUUAUUUUUGAAUUGGAUUGCGUUAAGUAAUGCCUAUAAUAACGUUAAAUUCAAUAUAUUUUUUUAUUGUGCUGCAUAAUUCGAUAAACCAUAACAAAGACCAAUUGUAGAUUUAAUGUGUGAACGCAAGUUAAUGUAUUUGGACUGAUUUCUAAAGCGUUAACGUUUUAUCAGUGUGCCCGUGAGUACGUUUUGAAUGGCACGUUUGUACGCUCAGAUGUGGCAUACAUGUAGGAAAUUUUAUUAUUAAUAGAACACAGCUUAGCAAGACCAGUCAGUCAAAAGAGCAGAGAUCUACUUACAGAAAUGUCCUUUUCUCUGGCAUGCAAUUACAGAUGGCUGCAUAGAAGUUUGCUGCUGUGAAAUAGACAGUGUACUUGAGAUAAUUAAAACCAGAAAAGUGGUUUUUGUUUCGAUUAAAAAAAAAACAAUCUGCAUUGCCAUCUUUUUAAAAACUUUCAAAAAAAUUCACUGACUGGUUUAGAGCUCUCCUACAAAAUAGAUAAGGUAGCUUAUCUGUUAUGUAGCAGGACGCGUCAAAGAUUCAAUUUUGGAUACCAUUUUCCAAAAGUUAUUUUCCAACCAUUGGGAACAAUAUUUUGAUCUGAAAGGUAGAACAGAUAGUAUCUCCUAUUCUUUAAUGUACAAUGUUUAUUGUGAUUUUGCCAAAUUUGCAUAAAGCAUGAAAGCUAUAUCAUUAGCAUUUGAUUAUACUUACUAAACAAAAAGUUGAACGAUAAAUUAUUGCCCUUACAAGAUUGAAACCGUAAAGGCAUAGUUUGACUCACAGGCCAAGCUGGUACAUAACGAAUGCUCAAAACUUUAGAUUGGGACCAAGAUAUGUGAUUUUAGAAUUUAAUCCUUAGGAUUGCUUUAUACUGCAAUUAUAUUGUAAUUCGGUAUUGUUUUCACUUUAUGUGCCAAAUUGGUGCAAAUAUUUGUUAUGGAUGUGCCUUAAAAUAGAUAUUUUAUGUUAAUUUUAUUUGUCGUAAGAAGUUUAAGAAAAUAUAUAAAAAUGAAAAUGUUAGUAACAUAAAAUUUCAUGGGCAUUUUCGAUGUUGUAUUGGGGUUUCCUAAUCGAGACGCCGCGUAAAGCAAACUGACGAAACGAAACAGGCCUUUUAGAGCAUUUUUAUAUAUAUAUAUCUUCAUGUCACAUAUUUUAUUUAUGUAAAAUUAUGACAAAUAAUAAUAUAUUGCAAAACAAUUUACCAGGGCACCAUAAUGGCAUGGACUUUAACUUUACCAAGCUACAAACUUUUUGAUUUUUCUGAUUGUUCUGGUAUUUAUUAUGUUUUUUUAGGAUAUGUUUGGAAUCUCUAAGAGAUAUUUAAAAACAAGAUUGAGUACUUACUGUAAUAUUUUUUUAUAUUCUUGAUAGUAUUUAGAAAACAUGCUUUAAAACAAUUGUACAAUAGUCACUUAGUUUGGUAAGAUUAUGCAUUUUUUUUUAAACUCUAAAUUUAAAAGUAACACCCUGAUAACUUCUUGAUUUUUGAUUUUCUGAUACUGCAUGCAAAACGCAUUUUUUAAAGGUCAAUUAUUAUGACAUCUCAUUAAUCCAUACUCAGUUUGAUGUCAAAAAUUUCCAUUGAAUGCCAUAGUAACUCAAGCAUCAAUUGUGAAAAUUAAGUUAAAUAUACUGUAAAGUACCAUUAAUCUGUCAACAUUUUACUUGAAAACUUUCUCUAACAUCAAUGGUACAUAUGUAAAUUAUUUACCAUUUCUUAAAUCUUAUCUAAUAGCAGAUAAUUUACGCACUAAACAAUUUUUAUUCGUUUUAAGUUUUAUUUUAACAUAUUACAGGCAAAUCCUGCAUGUGCAAAGUGAACAUUGCUCAGAUAGACUUGAUUUUGCACAUUGCUUUAGAGCAUUCUUGUAAUAUGUUUACCUCAGUCAAACGCUUACUUUGCUCUCUAUUUAAUGUGUAAUGACUAUUUUAAAUAAUACUUAGUCUUAUGGGCCAUUAUUCACUGUAAUAUUGUAAUCUUGAUUUCCAAACUCAGUCUAUGACACUUCUUCAUACAAUUUCCUAAAAUUAUGAUGUCACAAAUUUUAGUCAUGCAUGUGUUAUAAUAAGAAUGUAAUAGAAGAACGUAUUUUUCGAUUUAAAUUCUAAAACAUCUUCCUAUAAGAACUUAUCAAUGUCCAAAAAUGUAUGUGAGAAUCUAAGAUAACAAUGGAAAAGUCGGGUUUUGCAUUUUAGCUCCUCUUAGGGUUUAUAAAGGUUUUCGCAUUAUAUCCUAAAAAGAAUUUCUGAUCCUUAAUUUUAUUUCUUCAUAAUAUUUUAUUUUACGCAUUUUAUAUUUGCUUUUUAUUAUUUUAAUUUAUUCACUUUUUUGUCUGCAUUCUAAUGUCUGUGUUUUUAGUUAAAUACCAGUCUAGAUAUAAAUUACAACAUAUGUUGAAAAACUCCAACUUCAAAUAAUAACUUAAUGAAACAAAACAACUUGCGUUCGUAGUAGAGUUUUUGUGACAGAGCUUGUCUGGAGAAGUACUACUGCUACAUAUUACUACUACAACAUACGUUUCUAUGCUGGUAUAAAAUUAAAGACUUGCCACAUUCGGUUUAGAUAUAUGUUUUUAAUAUAUUAGAGGCGAGUCCAAAGAUGUUUGUACCUUUACAUUGCCAUAGAAUUGUAAAUAAUAUUUAUUUAGUAAUUUUGUUGUUUUAAUUACAAACGAAGGUUUUGUACGAACUCGCACGUUGAAUACAUGAUGCUGACAUGUUAUUUUAAGCUUGGAUUGUAAUUCUUUUUUCAGACAUUGCACUUAUGUCAAUUUGGUUUUAAUAAAAAUAUUUUUUGAUAA